AUGGCUCAGGAACGCGCUGCCCCCCUCCGCCUCGGCUCGACCGCCCCGGACUUUGAUUCUGAGACCUCGACCGGUCCCAUCAACUUCCACACCUUCCUCGGUGACAAGUGGACUAUCCUCUUCUCCCACCCGGAUGACUUCACCCCCGUCUGCACCACCGAGCUGGGCGCUUUCGCCAAGCUGGAGCCCGAGUUCACUGCUCGCGGCGUCCAGCUGAUCGGCCUCAGCGCCAACCACGUCGAAUCCCACCACCGCUGGAUCAAGGACAUCGAUGAAGUCACCGGCUCCAACCUCAAGUUCCCCAUCAUCUCCGACCCGGAGCGCAAGGUGGCUCAUCUCUACGACAUGAUUGACUACCAGGACGCCACCAACAUUGAUGACAAGGGAGCCGCUCUUACCAUCCGCUCCGUCUUCAUCAUCGACCCCAAGAAGAAGAUCCGUCUGAUCAUGACCUACCCUGCCUCCACUGGCCGCAACACCGCCGAGGUCCUCCGUGUCGUCGACGCCCUCCAGACCACCGACAACCACGGCGUUACCUGCCCUAUCAACUGGCUGCCCGGUGACGAUGUGAUCAUCCCUCCUCCCGUCUCUACCGAGGAUGCCAAGAAGAAGUUUAGCGAGAUCCGCGAGGUCAAGCCGUACGUGCAGCAGCAGCAGCAGCAGCAGCAACAAGCGCAACAGGGUGCCGGGUCUGGCCCGAUCAACCUCUCCGGGCUCGUCUGCAAUGUGCGCCGAACAACCGGUCGUGAACCACACCCGCUGGUUGGAGCGACGACCACAAUAUUGGGCGACAAGCUAUACGUCUUUGGCGGACGCGUGCUUUCACGCAGCCGCCCACAGCUGACGGCUGACCUGUACGAGUUGGACCUGAUUCGGCGGCACUGGACGAAGGUCGAGGCGACGGGCGAUAUCCCGCCCCCGCGCUACUUCCACAGCGUCUGCUCUCUGGGCGACAAUAAACUGGUUUGCUAUGGCGGUAUGUCGCCUGCACCCAGCUCCGCCAAGGAGCCCGUCAGCCAGGCGGCCGACGCUCAGCCAGAGGUGAUCGUCAUGUCCGACAUCCAUAUAUUUGAUGUCCCCUCGCGCGUCUGGACCCGGGUCCCCGCGAACGACUCCCCGCAGGGCCGGUACGCCCACUGCGCCACCAUCCUGCCGUCCAGCGCGUGCUUCACCUCGGCCAGCGCGCCCUUGUCUGCGAUCCAUCACAACCCUUCCUCGUCCAAUCCGCAUCAGGGCAACAUCGGUGUCGAUAUAGACGGGUUUGGCGGAGCCGAGAUGGUGGUCGUUGGUGGUCAGGAUAGCUCCAACACUUACAUCGAACAGGUUAGCGUCUUCAACCUUCGCAGCCUCGAGUGGACCAACACCAGCCCGCUCGGCCGCAGCUGCGGUGCUUACCGUAGCGUUGUAGCUCCUCUGGUUGGCAUGGACGUGUCGGAGAUCGGAUCGGCCGCCAAGAGCCGCGAUGCACAAGAGCCUAUCGAGCAGUCGUCCGGUAACAACGGAUGCCCGAUGCUUAUUUAUUCCAACUACAACUUCCUGGAUGUCAAACUCGAGCUUCAAGUGCGACUGCCCGACGGCCAGCUGAUUGAAAAGCCGAUGCAGAGCCAGGCCUCGCCCCCCGGUCUCCGAUUUCCCAACGGCGGUAUCAUCAACGGACAUUUCGUUGUCAGCGGUACCUACCUCACCUCCUCCAAGCAAGAGUACGCCCUGUGGGCACUCGACCUCAAAACCCUCACCUGGGGUCGCAUCGAUGCCGGUGGGUCUGUCUUUGGCCAUGGCAGCUGGAACCGCGGAAUCCUGUGGUCCCGACGCAACACUUUCGUGAUCCUCGGCCACCGGAAGCGGAGCCUGGUCGAAGACUACAACCAUCGCCGGAUCAACUUUUCGCACGUCUGCAUGGUCGAGCUGGAGGCGUUCGGCCUGUACAACAACCCGUGCCGGACCUCACCGACCUCGGCCUACAUCUCUCACAGUUGUCCUGCAGUGCCGGCCUCGCUGCAGCAGAAGCUCUCGCAGCUGACCUCUGGCGGGCGGCCGUUCUCUGCCGCGUCCAACGAGCUGGGUAAAUUGGCGCUGUCCUUGCACGAGAUGGCCGAUAUGGAACUGCAAGCUGUCGGCGGAGAGCGGAUUCCCGUGAAUUCGCGCCUGUUGACCCGCCGAUGGGGCCCCUAUUUCAUCCAGCUGCUGCGCGAAUCAUCCGACAGUGGCAUGUCGGACGCGGCAACCCUGCGCGGUGCCAUGGGUGCGUAUCCCAGCCGCAACUCCAGCAUCACCAUCACCCCGUCCGUCGGCAACUCCAGCAACUACUCGGCAGCGACGACGCUGGUCAACAACCCGCUACCGCCCUCCAAAUCCCUGCUCGCCAAUCUCGAGAUCCCCUCGGCGCACUCGCUGGCGCCCACCUCGCGCCUACGCGUGCUCUAUCUCCCCCACACCUAUCUGACCCUCCAAGUCCUCGUCUACUACUUCUAUACCUCCUCCCUACCCCCCGCGGGUUCCUCCCUGUGCACCCCGCAGAUUCUCUGUUCGCUUCUUCAGAUCGCCCGCCCGUACCAGGUCGACGGACUCCUCGAAGCCACCGUCGAGCGACUUCACCAGGUCCUCGACGGCCGCAACGCCGCGGCGGUCUUCAACGCAGCCGCCAUGGCUGCGGGCGGUGGCCGCGGUACAGGGUUCGUCAGCGGGCCCGGCGGCACUCUCGAAGCCCUCAACGGCGUGCACGCCGCGACGGGCCCCGCCACGCAGUCGAAACCCAACGCCACAGGCCACCAGAGCGUGCUGGCCUCGGACUCCUCCGACACGGAACACGGCGCGGCGGCCACCGCCAGCAGCGCCAGUACAGGCACCACCAACAACAGUAAUGGCGGGAGACUGGCCUUUGGAGGAGCCAGUACAGCAGCAGGGUCGUCAUCGCGCGGCGUCCCGCUCCGCAUCCAUACGGACUUCUCCUCCUCGUCGGAUCACCACCGGCACCGUGGCCGCCUGCACCACCGGCACCGCAGCGAUCGCGAACGUGAAGACUCGAUCAGCAACGCCAGCACGGCCUCGGCGUCGACGAGCACGAGCUUCAGCCAGUCCGACUCGGAGUACGACACCAACACCAACACGUCGACGUCGCACUCGCGCCACCGCCGCCGCGACACCGACGCCGAGCUACGUCCCGUCCGGGAGAUCUGGACCGGCGAUCUCAGCAGCGUCAUCGGCUUGCAGAAGCGUGGCCUGCGCGGCCUCAUGGAGGGGCGUCGUCUCCGCGAGCGCAGCGCAAAGCCCCAGAGCACCAGCACCGUUUCGGCGGGCCUUUCGUCGGGGGGCACCCCUCAUCUGCUGGAGACGCAGAAUGUUUUUUGA